CGAAUGUGACGUGUGGGUUAUGAAGGAUUACGGAAUCCAAGAGUCUUGGACUAAAGAUUUUGUUAUAAAAAACUUGCAGCUUCAUCCGCCAUCACUAGAGUCCUAUAGACUAUAUUAUGAACCAGUUAUGUUUUUGAGUGAUGGGAGCAUUCUAAUAUCAUACUGUAAUGAAGUUUUCAUUUCUUAUAACCAAGAAAUGGAUAGUUACUUGAAAAUCGAAGGUUACUCGGGAACGAUAAUUGCUUACCAUCCAAGCUUUGUUUCCCUUUGCACUUUUUCAAAUGGAGCGAAAGUUGAGAGGAUAAGAGAUAGUAAGAUGUAUGACAAGUUGUGUGCUGAAUUUUAUGAUGACUAUGCUGGUUAUGAGGUGGUGCCACCCCAAGAUUCCGAAAAACGUAACACCUGCUCCGACCAGUCUGCUCUUGUAGAGGGUCUUUCAAAGGCCACAAAAUCCUCUCUGGAUUCCCCUUGGAGGAUUGGGACUCAAUGUGCUCGAUGCGAUGGAAACCUGGGUUAUGUUUUCAGAGGCAAGGGGUUUGCAGUGUGUGAAAAUUGCUUCGACAAAGGUUUUUUCUGA